AUGGGAUUCAGUGAAGUUAAAGAUUGUCAAGGAUUGUUGUAUCGCAUUGCUAAAUUCCGGCUUCACCGGCCAGUGUCGGUGCAAGGCGUGAUGGAGCACGCGCUUCAGCACCGCGAGCGCGUCGGCGUGCAGGACUUCGUCCUGCUGGAAGACUACACCUCCGAGGCAGCCUUCAUCGACAACUUAAGGAAGAGGUUCAACGAGAACAUCAUCUAUACCUACAUUGGUAACGUGCUGAUUUCUGUGAAUCCCUACAAGAACCUGCCCAUCUAUACGGAGGACAAGGCUAAACUUUACUACAACAAAGCUUUCUUUGAAGCACCACCUCAUGUAUUUGCGAUUGCAGAUAAUGCGUACCGAUCGUUGAUGUUCGAGCACCGGGAACAAUGUAUUUUGAUUUCGGGCGAAUCCGGGUCAGGUAAAACUGAAGCAUCUAAGAAAGUUCUAGAAUACAUCGCAGCCAGAACAAACCAUAUUCGCAAUGUGGAGACCGUCAAGGACAAACUCCUGCAAAGCAAUCCUCUCCUUGAAGCCUUUGGUAACGCCAAAACACAUCGUAAUGACAAUUCAAGUCGCUUUGGAAAGUACAUGGACAUUCAAUUCAACUAUGAAGGAGCUCCCGAGGGAGGACAUAUUUUGAACUACCUUCUAGAAAAGUCAAGAGUUGUGAGUCAGAUGACAGGCGAAAGAAAUUUCCAUAUUUUCUACCAGCUAUUGGCUGGCGCCGAUCAAGAAUUAAUAAAGCAUUUGAAGCUUCAAGGAAGGCCUGAAGCGUACAAAUACACGACUGACACGCAUUCGACGUUUAUUCAGAAGACAAACGACGCCGACCAGUUUCGGAUCGUCCAAGAGGCGAUGAAAGUGAUUGAGAUCGGAGAGACAGAGCAGAGGGAGAUGUUCGAGAUAGUCGCGAGUGUACUGCAUCUUGGAAAUGUAAAAUUCGUGCAGAACGACAAAGGAUACGCCGAGAUCCUAUCACACGAUGCCAACACUGGAAAUGUGGCCGACCUUCUAAAAGUGAACGUAUUGAAACUUCGAGAGGUUCUCACCAGCCGUACAAUCGACGCAAGAGGGGACGUUGUCAACACACCACUGGAUUUGGAGCAGUCGCAGUACGCCAGGGACGCUCUGGCCAAGGCGAUCUACGAUAAGCACUUCAGCUGGCUCGUCUCCAGACUUAACGCCUCCCUCGCUCCUAAGGAAAGGGAUCCGAGGGCGUCCGUUAUUGGUAUCCUGGAUAUCUAUGGUUUCGAGAUAUUCCCGAAAAAUAGCUUCGAGCAGUUCUGCAUCAACUUCUGCAACGAGAAGCUUCAGCAGCUGUUCAUCCAGCUGACCCUGAAGCAAGAACAAGAGGAGUACCUCAGGGAAGGCAUCGCAUGGGAGCCCGUCGAAUACUUCAACAACAUCGUCAUUUGCGAUCUUAUUGAAGCUAGACACAAAGGUAUAAUCUCGAUUCUGGACGACGAAUGCCUGCGACCCGGGGACGCGACAGACGCUAGCUUCCUAGAGAAGCUGUCACAACACCUGGACGGACACGCACAUUACAAAUCACACCGCAAGGUUGACUCAAAAACGCAAAAACUUAUGGGACGCGAUGAGUUCUGCUUGGUGCACUACGCGGGAGAAGUGACAUAUAAUGUGAAUACAUUCCUGGAGAAGAACAACGAUCUACUGUUCCGCGACAUACAGGUCCUCAUGGCUGCCAGCGGGAACAACAUCGUGUCGAACUGCUUCAAGGACACAAACCUGACGAGCAAAAAGCGUCCGGAAACGGCGAUCACUCAGUUCAAGAAUUCUCUCAACGACCUCAUCAAGAUACUGAGCAGCAAGGAGCCGUCAUACAUUCGCUGCAUCAAACCCAAUGACUUCAAAACGCCAAUGCAAUUCGACGACAAGCUGGUGUCUCAUCAAGUGAAGUACCUCGGACUGAUGGAGAACUUGCGGGUGCGACGCGCAGGUUUCGCGUACCGAAGAACUUACGAAGCCUUCCUUGAGAGGUACAAGUGUCUGAGCGCGGAGACGUGGCCUAACUAUCGUGGACCGGCUCGCGAGGGCGUGCAGCGUCUCGUCGCGGCACUCAACUACGAGCGCGAGGAGUACCGCAUGGGCAACACAAAAAUUUUCAUCCGCUUCCCGAAAACGCUAUUCGAAACGGAAGACGCCUUCCAAAUUAAGAAGAAUGACAUAGCGACCAUCAUCCAGAGCAGAUGGAGAGGAUACUGGCAGAGGAAGCAGUACCUGAAGAUGAGGGAAUCCGCUAUCAUUAUACAGAAGUGGGUUCGAAGGUUCCUCGCUCAAAGGUUACUGGAGAGGAGGCGUAAGGCUGCUCAGGUCAUCAGGGCAUUUAUCAAAGGUUUCAUCACGCGCAACGGCCCCGAAACGCCGGAGAACCGACGCUUCCUCGCCAUAGCGAAGGUGCAUUGGCUGAAGCGUCUGGCUACGCAGCUUCCGACCAAAAUCCUCGAUCUGUCGUGGCCGCCAUGCCCCGCCACUUGUAAGGAAGCAUCCGCAGAGCUGCACCGGCUGCAUCGCGCCUGGCUCUCCAGGAAGUACCGCUUGGCGCUGUCGCCGGAGGACAAGAAACAAUUUGAGCUUAAGAUACUGGCUGAAAGUAUCUUUAAAGGCAAGAAGAACAGCUACCCGAGCAGCGUGGGCGAGCGCUUCGUGAGCGACCGGCUGCCGGCCGAGCUGCGCGUGCUGCGCGACACCUUCCUGGCGUCCAGCGCCUGGCCCGCCGGCGAACAGCUCAUCUACUCGUGCGAGGCGGUGAAGUACGACCGGCGCGGGUACAAGCCGCGCGCGCGCAGCCUGCUGGCGUCGCAGCGCGCGCUGUACGUGCUGGACGCGGCCGGCCGCCGCACCUACAAGCUCAAGCACCGCCUGCCGCUCGACAAGCUGCGCGUCGUACUCACCAACGAGACCGACCAGCUCGCGCUCGUCAAGAUCCCGCAGGACCUCAAGAACGACAAGGGCGACUUGAUCAUCUCCGUCUCGCAUCUGAUAGAAGCGCUCACCAUCGUCACCGACUACACCAAGAAGCCCGAACUCAUCGAAAUAGUCGAUACCAGAACGAUCGCUCACAAUCUGGUGAAUGGCAAGCAAGGCGGCACCAUCGAGGUUACCAAGGGACCGCAGCCCGCCAUACAACGGGCAAAGAGCGGCAACCUGCUUGUGGUUGCAACACCUUGA